AUGGGCGACAAACUUAGCGAGGGCGAGAGGGAACCGUUCCCCUGGGAGCUUGGCAUUUUUGACGCCCACUGCCAUCCCACAGACACUAUGGACUCCAUCCCAUCCAUAGCAAGCUCCAUGCGGGCCCGCGCCCUGACUGUGAUGGCCACCCGCUCCCAGGACCAGGACCUGGUUGCACAGGUAGCUGAAGAGCACGGCCUUACAAGUCGUCAAGCUAUCCCCCCUAGUUCCCCUUCCAACAGGCAGGACCCCACCCACUUCCCUGACAAGAUCGUUCCAGCCUUUGGGUGGCACCCCUGGUUCUCUCACCAGCUAUACGACGACACCGUGCCCGGAGACCAAAACACCUAUGAUCCGGCAUCACCCGACCUGGCCAGCGAGAAACUGCGGCAUUACAAUGCAGUCCUCGCCCCUUCACCCAGGAGUAAAGAUGACGAGAGCUUCAUAGACCAGCUCCCCACCCCUCAGCCGUUGUCGAGAGUUCUGUCACAAACACGGGCCUACCUCGAGGCCCACCCUCUUGCCCUUGUAGGUGAGGUUGGCAUCGACAAAGCCUUUCGUCUCCCCAGCCCUGGAGUUUUCGUGUCCGAUCCAGAAGCCAGCAUGACAUUAGGUCGACGCAAUGGCGAACGGCUAUCACCCUACCGGGUGAAUAUGGACCACCAGAAUCGCAUCAUGAAAGCUCAGCUGAAUCUGGCUGGCCAGACCGGGCGGGCCGUGAGUGUCCACGGCGUACAGGCUCAUGGUGUGUUGUACAACGCAAUAAAGUCCACGUGGAAAGGCCACGAGAAGCCAGUUGUCACGAACAGGGAGAGGAAAAGGAUAGCUAAGGGCGUCAAUGAGGACUUUUCCUCGUCUUCCGAAGACGAGGAUGAGGACGACGAGGAUCAUGGACACGGCACCAGGUUCAAGACAAAGAAGCAACACAAGCCCAAACCAUACCCGCCCCGAAUCUGCCUGCAUUCCUUCACUGGCGCCGUCGACACCAUGAGGCAAUACACGAGCGACCGCAGCUGCCCGGCCAAGACCUAUUUCUCCUUCAGCCUCUGCGUCAAUUACUCCACCGGCGGCCAUGAGCGCGACAGGAAAAAACACCUUGCCGACGAGGUCAUCCGCGCCUGCCCUGAUGACAGGAUCCUGGUCGAGAGUGACCUGCAUACCGCUGGCCAGCUGAUGGAUGACAUGCUCGAGGAGAUGUACCGCAAGGUCUGCGAGGUCAAAGGGUGGGGGCUGAGGGAGGGCGUGGAGAGAAUCAGGAGUAAUUACCACGACUUCAUAUUCGGCUCAAUGACUUGA